AUGGAAUUCAUCUUAAUAUUUUCGUUGCAUGCUGAAGACGCUGCAUCACCAGUGCUACCUCCUGCAUGCUUGGAAUGGCAUUUGGAUACAUUAUUAGCUGGAGGGAAACCUAUCAACCGUACCAACCACUCACUUGAUGAAGUCAAUGUGAUUCAGAAUGAUCUCUCUUGUUGGAGGAAGGAGAACCAGCGGCAUGGUAAACUAAGAAUCAUACUGGAAUCUUCUGGAACAUCGAGGGACUGCCUAAUACCCGGUGGUCUGGAUCCUCAUAGGUAUUUUCUUAGAGCCCUUGGUACUGAAGACGUGUUAAUCAAGGCUUAUUGUGGCGAGAAUAGGAGGCGUGGUGAUUUCUCCACCGAUGAUAACUUACCCAUCACCUUGGUACCCACAGGACACUUGGGCACUGGACAAACCCUGAAAAACAUCAAGAUCAACCGUGGUGGUGAUCACAGAAAGCUUCCCGGACAACAUGUAUGUUGCUAUGAGCUCAAGAAAUUACAAGCUUAUCUUAGUAGAUCCUCAUCGAGUUAA